AUGUCUAGAAGAGGUUGUUGUUUGUCGUCCACGGAGAUUCUGCUCAUAACACUGGUUGUUGUGCUGUUUGUGGUUUGCGUGGGACUAAUUGUUGUAACUUGGCUCGCACUAGACAACAAAGCUAUAGAUGGUGAAGGAGAGGAAACCGGCUCAGAGUUCACUGGGAGACUUGUCAUCACUAAUGGAACGGUUUUCACAGAGGAGCUCCUGAACAAAAACAGCGCACAGUUUAAAGCUCUGGCAUAUGACACUGAGCAGAAGAUCAGUGAAGCCUACAGUCUUACUUCCCUUAAGGAGCAGUUCAGAAGUUCCAAGGUCAAUGAAUUCAGCGAAGGCAGUGUGGUUGUGCACUUUGACGUCCUCUUCCGUGGUGUUGUAGAUUCUGAGACGGCGCAGGAGCAGUUAGUAGAUGGUUUACAGCGGGGUGAAAUUGGAAAUGAUGGACUCGUAAUUGACAUCAGCAGUGUGCAGGUCUCAGAUAAACCAACUUCAACCCAGAGAUCAGUCUUGCAUCGUCUGUCAGUCACUCCAGUGAAUUGUCCAGAUGGACAGAAGGCAUGUGCUGAUGGUACAUCAUGUAUUUCUCAAACUGACUUCUGUGAUGGAAUACAAAACUGUUCUGAUGGCUCAGAUGAGAAUCAGAGUGUCUGUGCAUCAAUGUGUGAUGGCCAGUUUCUCCUGCUUGGUUCGACUGGAUCCUUCCACUCUAAAAACUUCCCAGAGGUCUAUGACAGUCCCACAGCCUGCCGUUGGAUUAUUCGAGUGACUGAGGGCUUGGCCAUAAAAAUAGUCUUUCCCACUUUCCAUACGGAACAAGAUAUUGACGUUCUGGAGCUAUAUGAGGGCACCGGCCCUAUGAAAACAUUGACAUACACUCUCACAGGAACGUCACCAGGGGACAUCUGGCUAGUAUCUCAUGAAGCCACUGUUGAAUUUAACGCAGACUACAUCAAUAACUUUCAAGGCUUCAAUGCUACUUACACGGCAGAGAACAUCAGUGAGCUCUCUAAUGAGGACAAGAUAAGCUGUUCGUUUGAAGAGGACUUGUGUCUCUGGAGGCAAGAAUUUGAUGACAAUGGCGACUGGAUUCGAGCACAAGGCGCUACUCCUCCACCAGACACUGGCCCGAGCUUUGAUCACACAAUGGGCAACAACCAAUCAGGGUACUACAUUGUGACACCUCGGGCUCCUGGAAGUUGGGAUAAAAAAUUCCGUAUCUACAGUCUUCCUCUGAGUCCUGUAAAGGAAUCUGCAAUGUGUCUGCAAUUCUGGUACCAUAUGUUCGGGGAGGAGGUCUGGCGUCUGACGGUCACAACAGAGGAACGCUCAUCCGUCACGGUCCUCUUCCGGAAAGAAGGGAACUAUGGUGACAACUGGAACUAUGCUCAAGCCGCACUAAACAUCACUGCAGAUGCUGUGGUGGUAUUUGAAGCGCAGAAGAAGGCGGGAUUUCUGAAUGAUAUCGCCCUGGAUGACAUCAGCAUAGUUCCUGGUUCCUGCGGAGAGGCCCCUCCUGACCCAACCCCUGUCCCGCCUCCCACCACCCCCCCUCCCAUACCAGUGGAUUGUGGGGGACCAUUUGAUCUGUAUGAGUCAAACUCAACAUUCAGUUCUCCAAACUACCCCAAUGGCUAUGGACACAAUGCUUUGUGUAUGUGGACUUUACAUGCUAAGGAAGGACAGAAUAUACAAUUACAUUUUCAAGACGUUGCUUUAGAGAUGGAUAAUGACAUUUUGGAAAUUCGUGAUGGAGUGGAGCCAAAUUCAGAGUUGCUAGGUGUCCUAACUGGUGAUCGUUCCUUCCCGGAUCUCUUUUCCACAACCUCUCGGGUGACCAUCAUGCUUUCCACAGACUCCUCUAGGAAUGACAGAGGCUUUCUAGCCAACUUUAGCACAGGCCUUAACAUUGGCCAACCAGAUCCUUGUCCAACUGGACAGUUUCAAUGCGGCACAGGAGUGUGUGUGUCUAAUGCCGGUGUGUGUGACGGUGUAGAAAACUGCUCCGAUGGCUCCGAUGAAGGCGACUGUGUGCAUUUAAUAAAAGCUAAUGUCACUGGAACUGAACGGCUGAGACUUCAGGUCCAGAAUGAUCUUUACACGGUAUGUGCUGAAGACUGGACCUCUCAGCUAUCUGACUUCUUCUGCCGCUACUUGGGCCACAGGUCAGGAAAAGCCUCAUUUUCCAUCACUAUGGAUGAAGAUAGUCCGUUUACUACUGUAAGUGUGAAUGCUAAUGGCUCACUGGAUCUGAAACCCAGUGACGCAUGUCUCAGUGAGAAGAUCGUGUCGCUGCAUUGUAACAAUCAACCAUGUGGCGUUCGUAAAGUACCUGAGACCGAUGUGGAAAUGGACAGAGAGCAAGCAGGCAGAGUGGUGGGAGGACAGGACUCCCAGGAAGGGUCGUGGCCAUGGAUAGUGUCUCUGAACUGGCUCGGCCGCCAUGUUUGCGGGGCCAGUUUGAUUGACAGGGAAUGGUUGAUAACAGCGGCACACUGUGUUCAUGGAAAGAAUGUUCACCUGUCAAACUGGGCAGCUGUGUUGGGUCUUCACUCUCAGUUUGGGACGGAUAACCCCAACAAACAAGUCCAUUUAAUAGAUCAGAUUAUCAUGCACAAGCGCUAUAACAGGGUAACAAAGGAGUCUGACUUUGCCCUAAUGCAUUUACAGACACCCGUCAACUACACUGAUUACAUUCAGCCCAUCUGCCUUCCAGCUCCUGGAGCACAGAUUGAAGAAGAGAGAAAGUGUUUUAUUGCUGGUUGGGGAUUGCUGUCUGAAAAUGGCAACGUAGCUAAUGUGUUACAGGAAGCUGUUGUGCCUCUUUUAAGCAACACACAGUGUCAGGAGUGGCUGCCUGAGUACAACAUUACAGACCGCAUGCUGUGUGCUGGGUAUGCCGAGGGUGCGGUGGACUCCUGUAAGGGGGAUUCUGGAGGCCCGCUGAUGUGUGAAGAGGCUGGCCGAUGGGUUCUUGUGGGGGCGACAUCUUUUGGUAUCGGCUGUGGACGACCCCAGCGGCCUGGAGCUUAUGCUCGAGUCAGUCAGUUUGUUGACUGGGUAGCAGAGAACCGACGGCUCUAUUCAGACUGGAAGGGGUUGUAAUAAUUUAGUAUGCAGUGAU